CCACCAACACAUCUCUCUUCCACGGCCAUCAAGGCACCACCUUGAGCUAUUUAGGCCCAACCAACCUUAAAUUCCCUCAAUGAAUCUAGACGAACAAAAACGAAGAAUACCCCAAUGCCAGCUACCAAUCCAAUCAAGAACCUCAUUAGAAGAAAAAAAAAUAAAAAAACAAAAAAAAGCAAACAAACUCCAAAAAUCGUAAAAACAUAGCUACCAAUCAUUCUAUAAAAUAAAAUAAAAAAAGUGAAACUUUUUGCCCAAAACAUACAACCCAAGCUACAAAUCCAAUCCAGUCUCCUUUUAUCAGAUAAAAUUCCAAGAGUUUUAGGUGUUUGUUAAAACAAGUAAUAUAGGGAUCUAAAUGAAAUGCUCCAUAUAAUUAUAGUCAAAUUUCGAUUAAACUACCUAAUUGUUUACUUCUUCUUUUUUGUCAUUAGUAAAUUUAGAUAUACAUAUCCUAAGUCAUGUGUAUCAACAGGUUUUGGGAGGCAUACUUCGUUCUAAAAAUAGUACUGAUGAAUGGUUGUCAAUUCAAGAAAGUAAAAUAUGGGCAUUACCAGAAGGCGAGGAUAGAAUCAUGUCUGUUUUGAGGUUGAGUUUUGAUAAUUUGAAAUCAGCACCUUUAAAACAUUGUUUUGCAUAUUGCUCAAUAUUUAUGAAAGAUUUUGAAAUUGAAAGGGAGAACUUGGUCCAACUCUGGAUGGCUGAAGGAUUGCUCCACUCUUCAAGUAAUCAAGAGAUGGAAGAUAUAGGGAAUGGAUAUUUUAAUAUUCUAUUGCAAAACUCCCUUUUUCAAGAUGUUACAAUGGAUAAAGAUGGAGUUGUUAUCACAUGCAAGAUGCACGAUCUUGUGCAUGAUCUUGCAGAACUAGUGUCAAAAUCUGUUGGGAAAUUGCAGUCCCUAUUUUCAAAUGGUGAAGACCUUAGCAAUAGCUUGUCAACUUUUAAUUCUUUACGAGUGUUGAAUUUAUACGAUGCUGAAAUUGAGGAGUUGUCAAGUUCAAUUGGCAGGUUGAAACAGUUGAGGUAUUUGGAUGUUUCUAGAACAAUAAUCGAAGAACUUCCAAAAUCUAUUGGCAAGCUUUACAAUCUGCAGACGUUAAGAAUGUGUGAUACACAGCUUGAAAGGUUUCCAAAGGAAAUGGAAAAUUUGAUCAACUUGAGGCAUGUUUAUUUCGACAAGCAUAGGGAAGUUCCAUUUGGGAUGAGACGAUUGACUCGUCUGCAAACAUUACGUUGCUUUAAUUUGGAUAAGGAAAGGAAUCAUGGAAUUGACGAGCUGGGUGGCUUAAACCAAUUAAAAGGUGAACUAACUAUCUCAUCUUUGGAACAUGUGAAAGACAAAGACGAAGCGAAGAAAUCAAAUUUAGCAGGGAAAACAAAUAUACGAAAGUUGACAUUAGCAUGGGGGUAUGACAGGGAGAGAAACAACAAGGCGAGUGAUGUUGAUGUACUAGAAGGCCUCCAACCGAACCGUGAGUUAGAAAUCUUAAAGAUUUACAACUUCAUGGGUGUUAAAUUAGCAUCAUGGAUGAUGAGUCUACUCAAUUUGAAAGAGAUCCGGUUAUCCCACUGUGAGGAAUGUGAAGAAGUCCCUCCACUCGGCCAUUUGCCAAAUCUUAGGCAUGUUAAAUUUGAAUAUAUGGAUAAGCUUAAAUGUGUGGGAGUUGAGUUUUAUGGUGCGGCUUUGUUUCCAUCAUUGAAAACGUUAGUUUUUAAUAAUUGUCCAGCUCUAAUUGAAUGGAAGGAAGCGGCGUUUCCCUGCCUUGAGGAGUUGACACUUUUGAAUUGCAGGGAAUUGAGAAAUGCUCCAAGUCGUUUUCCAUCUCUCCAGAAGUUGGAGAUACGUAAUAUUGACCAGGUCAUGGCAAUAGAAAAUAUAUGCAGUCAACUAACAACUCUCACUCACCUCGAAAUUCGUGGAGCCACGGAGCUUACUCGUCUGCCAGUAGGGAUGCUGGAAAACAACCACAAUCUUCGGGUGCUGCAUAUUGACGAUUGCAAUAAGCUUAGCCAUUUACCUGAUGAGCUACACGUACUCCAUCUUCUUGAGGGGUUAACUCUAGAGAAUUGUCCUAGUCUAGAGUUCAUUCCAAUUACCACCCAAAGCCAGGGCAUGCCAUGUCUCCGCAUAGUGAAGAUUCAGAAUUGUGAGAAAUUAUCAAGCUGGCCAAGUGGGUUGGAAUAUUGCACUUCUCUUCAGGAAUUGCAUAUUACAAAUUGUCAAAAUUUGUGGCAUUUACCGGUUGAUGGGCUACAGACCCUUGUCUCUCUUGAGGAGUUGACUCUAAUUGGCUGUCCCAGUCUAGAGUUCAUUCCAAUUACCACCCAGAGUCAGAGCAUGCCAUGUCUCCGCAAAUUGACGAUUGAUAAGUGUGAGAAAUUAUCAAGUUGCCCGAGUGGGUUGGAAUAUUGCACCUCUCUUCAGGAAUUGCAUUUUACAAAUUGUCAAAAUUUGAGGCAUUUACCGGUUGAUGGGCUACAGACCCUUGUCUCUCUUAAGGAGUUGACUCUAAUUGGUUGUCCCAGUCUAGAGUUCAUUCCAAUUACCACCCAGAGCCAGAGCAUGCCAAGUCUCCGCAAAUUGUGGAUUGAGAAUUGUGAGAAAUUAUCAAGCUGCCCAAGUGGGUUGGAAUAUUGCACCUCUCUUCAGGAAUUGCAUAUUAUAAGUUGUCAAAAUUUGAGGCAUUUACAGGUUGAUGGGCUACAGACCCUCGUCUCUGUUAAGGAGUUUACUCUAAAGAAUUGUCCUAGUCUAGAGUUCAUUCCAAUUACCACCCAGAGCCAGAGCAUGCCAAGUCUCCGCAAAUUGUGGAUUGAGAAUUGUGAGAAAUUAUCAAGCUGCCCAAGUGGGUUGGAAUAUUGCACCUCUCUUCAGGAAUUGCAUAUUAUAAGUUGUCAAAAUUUGAGGCAUUUACAGGUUGAUGGGCUACAGACCCUCGUCUCUGUUAAGGAGUUUACUCUAAAGAAUUGUCCUAGUCUAGAGUUCAUUCCAAUUACCACCCAGAGCCAGAGCAUGCCAAGUCUCCGCAAAUUGUGGAUUGAGAAUUGUGAGAAAUUAUCAAGCUGCCCAAGUGGGUUGGAAUAUUGCACCUCUCUUCAGGAAUUGCAUAUUAUAAGUUGUCAAAAUUUGAGGCAUUUACAGGUUGAUGGGCUACAGACCCUCGUCUCUGUUAAGGAGUUUACUCUAAAGAAUUGUCCUAGUCUAGAGUUCAUUCCAAUUACCACCCAGAGCCAGAGCAUGCCAAGUCUCCGCAAAUUGUGGAUUGAGAAUUGUGAGAAAUUAUCGAGCUGGCCGAGUGGGUUGGAAUAUUGCAACUCCCUUCAAAAAUUGAGUAUUGAAAAUUGUCAAAAUUUGAGACAUUUACCGGUUGACGCGCUGCAGAACCCCGUCUCUCUUGAGGAGCUGUCCAUAAGUGAUUGCACUAAUCUAGAAGCUAUUCCCAGUUUAGACAACCUCACAUCCCUCCGUCGUGUGUCUAUUUGUGGUUGUGAUGGACUCACAAGUCUACCGAGGGGGCUACAAUCCUGCACAUCUCUUAGGUACUUGUCAAUGAGUAAAUGCCACAAUUUGAUUUCUAUGGCAGAUGUCGAUGCGUCCAGGUUGCAGUCUCUUUCCGAUUUAAAAAUAUUUCAUUGUCAUAAAUUAAAAUAUUUGCCAACGGGGCUACGCUCUCUGACGAGUUUGGAAUAUUUGUCAAUCGGUGAGUUUUGGGAACAGCUCGAUUCUUUCCCUGAUUUUGAGCUUCAAUCACAAAUCCGAUUGUUAUAUAUCAUAGGGUGGCCUAAGCUCAAGUCUCUGCCUCAACAAAUUCAACACUUUACUACUUGUUUAGAAUUUUUGAUAAUAGAUUCUUUCGACAGCAUUGAGGCUCUUCCAAAGUGGUUGGGUAACCUUACAUCUCUUAUCUACCUGAAGAUGAGGGAUUGUAAGAAUCUGAUGUAUCUGCCUACCGUUGAAGUUGUGCAACGCCUCACCAAAUUAGGCACGCUAGUGAUUAGUGGAUGUCCCCUUCUGGCGGAAAGAUGUGCCAAGGAGAGUGGCCCAGAAUGGCACAAGAUUUCUCACAUCCCACAUAUAAGAGUUGACGGAGUUCACCUUCGUAAAGAAUCGGAAUCUUCAAUUGAUGAUUCGACUCACUCAAAGCCUCAUCAAACUAGCACAAUAUUCAACUAUUCAUGUUUUUCAUGAAUGUGCCUUCGGGGAGUAGUUGCAACUUUCACAUUGAAGCACAAAAAGGCUUUUACUCGAAUCAGAAGAACAAGUGCUGAGAAACAUUAGGUGAAAACUUUUUCCAUCCAGUUUGUUGGUUUUCAGAAGGAUCUUACUCAAUUGGAAGAACAAGUGAUGCGCAAAAGGUGCAAACUUAGUGGAGGUACUUCAGUUCAGUUCCCAUUCCCCUGCAUCACUAUUUAUUCAUUUCUUUGGAGAUAAAUGCUGGAAGGAAAAAAGAUUUGGGGCUAGCAUCCAUUUGAAGUGUAAACAGUCCUUAGAAGUUGUUUAUAAAAAUUUGAUGAACCGGAGGGUUUACUGGAGUGAUGAGGCAACCUUGAAGCUUUCAGUGAACUAUCUAUUUGUAUAUGUGAGAAUCUGAAGAAUCUACCAACAGUGGAAGCCCUGAAAAUUUCCCCAAAAUGAAAAGAUGCACCGAGGAGAGCCAGUCAUGUGCAAGGAGAUACAUGGCAUAGUGCAGCCAAUGGUGUUUUUCAUAAUGCAGGUUUCAGCUAUAUAUAUAUGGCAUCUCAGUUGUUGAAGGCAGAGUCGAGAUUGAAGACGAAACUCAUGCAUGCGAUGUGCUUGUGAUCUAGAACUUAUUGUUUUGGACAAUAUGGAUUUGAUGAUACUAUUUUGCAGAUUUGGGGCUAGCAUCCAUUUGAAGUGUAGACAGUCCUUAGAAGUUGUUUUUAACAAUUUGAUGAACUGGAGGAUCUACUCGAGUGAUGAAGGAACCUUGCAGCAGUCGAUGAACUAUCUAUUUGUACGUGUGAGAAUCUGAAGUAUCUACCUGCAGUGGAUAAGUUCUGAAAUUGUCGCCAAAACAAAAAGAUGCACUGAGGAGAGCUGCCCUAGUGGCAAAGGUUUUAAUAAUCCUCUCCUUUCCAAGCAAGGACAAUAGUGCAAACAGUACUAAUCAUUUGGCUUGGGUAACUCAACAAGUGUGAAUGAGAAUCAAGUGGAAUGUUGCUCUUCUUCACUCUCCCUGUGGGUGUCUGUCUUCAUAAUGCUAAAAAGCAGAGUCAGCAUUCAAGAAGAAAUUCAUGAAUGCGCUAUGAGUGCCACUUCCAUGCAUGUUUUUGUCUCACGAAAUUUUAAUUUGCACAAAUUGGGGAACUUCUUAUGGUGCACCAUAAUUGGAAGACACUUUUUACUUGGAGGGCGUUUAUCAUGAAGAAAGCUCCUCCUAAUGAAGUCCUAAGACCUAUCUCUUACAAAUAAGAUAGUUUAAGUCUUUUUAAAGCACGAAUGAUAUCAGAAGUUUAUAAAAAAAAGCUUGUGAGUUUAGAAUGUAUUUGGGGUUCUUUGUUGAGAAAUGAGUUGAGAGAUAAAUUUUGAGUGAUUUUAAGAACUUUCCUUGUCGUUGUAACGAUCUUCUAUUCUUUUGAUUUAGUGGAUUAUGAACUCAAUCGGCCGUGGCCGUAGACCAAUUAUGGUGGACCACGUUCAUUUUUGAGUUUAUAUCUGCUUUCGUCUCCCUCUCUUACUUUUCCUGCAUUUGGUUUGCAACAGUGGACUAGAGAGCCAAAGGCCACAAAUUCGUUCCCAUUUGCCGUCCUAUUGACCACUUCAAGACAGAUUGAUCUUAAGAAGAUCAUUACGUGGAGCAACAGUCUGAGGGAGCUCAUUUGUGAGAAGAAAUGAACUGCCACAAGUGAAUCUUCCUUUGAUUGUAUUACGGUUGAAUGUUCCAUUAUGAGAGAAGUGCGAUAUUUGGUGCACUGAUCUUUCUUUGUUGAACUUUCUUUGUUCUUGGAUGUUUAGGGCCGCUUCCACACCCUUGUCUUCAAUGAAUUGUUUGACUUGACUUUAUUACAAUUAUUAUGAAUACAUAUUAUUUUAAAGUGGUAACUUCUGCA